CCUCUUCACCCACACCCAGCAGCAGCAACGCACCUCUUCCCCUUUCUCCAUUCCCGCACAGCAGCAGUAGGGAAAAGGAACCAAGCAGUAGCCUCCAAUCCUCCUCUUCAACGCUGCGCAGCCCUAACCCCCUUCUUCACGAUCUUGCUGCGCAGCCAUCAUACAUAUGCGGCUUUCCCUCCUCCCAUGAAAGAAACCGAAACAGAAGUAGAGAAGGGAGAGGGAGUCUGUGUCGCACCAGGAGAAGAAGACAAGGGGAGGGAGGAAAACCACGCCGAUGCGUCGGGCUUCACCACCGCCGUCGCGUUCCUGUCGUCCCUGCAAGCUGCCGUCGCGUCGCAUUGCCGGAUCACCGCGCGUGAGGAGCCGUGUCAUCGAGCCACCCAGUCGCCGAUCUGUUGCCUCCAUUCCGCCGCUGUACCAUGGAGAAGAGAGAGCCGCGCCGCACCUCAGCCACUACUAACCCACCGAAGCUGGUGCGUGAGAAGAGGAGAAAGGGACGCUGUCUUGCGUCGUCACCAGCACGGCUGGGCGCUAUUGCUGCGGGCGCGCUAUCGCCAGAGCUGGGUAGUCGUUGUCCUUGUCGGCAGCGAGAGAGAAACAACGAAACCCCCUCCGUUUCUGUUACCUUAGUCCGUUGUGAAAGGGAAGGCGCCGCCGUGUCUUCCAUUGCCGCCGUCAGAAAAUGGUUUAGGCCGCCGCAGAUGCCACUACCGGAGAGGAAGUUGCGCCUCUGUGUUUCUAGCCGCCGGGAGUGGUUAUGUGGCUUCCGAGAUCACUGCCAGAGCUCCGGGCUGAGCUUCUGCCACUUGAGACCCUGCUGCCGUCGCCGAAAAACUUUGCCAGAAAGGGUUUUAAUUGUGGUUUCUGUCCUUUUUAAAUUCCGAGAAUACUAUAGUCACUGCAUGUUGGUUUCAGUUGUCGUGAUCAUAAUUUGUCGCCGCUGCCGCUUGAAGUGGCUGCCGGGCUACCAUCGAACCGGCCCGGAAACCGCCACUGUUUCGGUUCAGCCGUCCUUUCUUAUUUUCGUGUUGCUAUGGUUAUUGCAAAAGUGGCUGGGAGCUGAGGUUUUAGUUCCCGUCAGUUCUGUUUGA